AUGUCUGACGCCAUUGCCGACGCUGCGCAGAAGCACCCCGCGCCUGAGGGGCUGGUGUAUACAUAUGGCACUGCGGGAUUUCGAACAAAAGCCGAUGUCCUCGACUCGGUCUUGACCCGCGUGGGCAUGAUUGCAGCCCUCCGAUCACGAGCACUCAAGGGCAAAUGGAUUGGAGUCAUGAUUACUGCCUCGCACAACCCGCCUCAGGACAAUGGAGUCAAGCUCGUUGAGCCCAUGGGCAACAUGCUGCAGGAAGAUUGGGAGGUCAUCAGUACCGAGAUGGCCAACAAGCUCACGCCCGAGCACGUCUCAAAAUACUAUCACGACAUUGCAACCCAGCACAAGAUUGACCUCAGCACCCCUGCUCGCGUGGUCGUGGCCCGCGAUACAAGGGCAUCUGGGUCGAGGCUACUUGGAUGUCUCGUGGAUGGCCUCAACGGCGCUGGCGCUGAGAUUAAGGACUACGGCUUUUUGACUACACCCCAGUUGCACUACAUGGUCCGAUGCCUCAACACACAGGGCACACCCGACGCUUACGGCGAGCCUACGGAAAAGGGCUACUACGAAAAGUUUGGCGCUGCUUUCAAGACGGCCCUGCGUGGCAAGCAGCCUUCUGGCAGCUUGACUGUCGACUGUGCCAACGGUGUUGGUGGGCCCAAGCUAAACGAGCUCAUCAAGUACCUGCCAUCCAAGGACGAGGGCGGUCUGGAGAUUUCGGUCAUCAACGACAAUGUCAUCAAGCCCGAAAGCUUGAAUGUCGACUGCGGUGCAGACUUUGUCAAGACGAACCAGCGAGCGCCCCCAUCGUCCAAGGCUGGCCCCGGCGACCGAUGCUGCUCGCUCGAUGGCGAUGCCGACCGCGUGGUGUACUACUUCAAGGAUGACAAGAACGUGUUCCGCCUGCUGGAUGGCGACCGCAUUGCUACGCUUGUGGCUUCGUUCCUGGGCGACACGGUGCGCCAGAGUGGGCUUGCCGACAAGGUGACGAUUGGUGUUGUGCAGACGGCGUACGCCAACGGGGCGGCUACAAAGUAUGUCGAGGACACGCUCAAGCUCAAGGUCGACUGCACGCCUACAGGUGUCAAGUACCUGCACCACGCGGCCGAAAAGCUCGACAUUGGCGUCUACUUUGAGGCCAACGGGCACGGCACCGUCAUCUUCUCGGCUGACACGCUGGACACGAUUAGCAAGCACGAGCCGCGCAACCCUGGCGAGAAGGAGGCUCUCGACGUGCUGCGUGCAUGCAUCAACCUGAUCAACCAGUCUGUGGGCGAUGCGCUGUCGGACUUGCUGCUGGUGGAGGUGGUGUUGGCUCACAAGCGCUGGGGGCCGCAAGAGUGGCUGUCAACAUACAGUGACCUGCCGAACCGGCUGCUCAAAGUGAUUGUCAACGACCGCAAGAUCUUCAAGACUACUGACGCGGAACGAAGACUUACGUCACCCGAAGGGCUGCAGGCGCAGAUCGACAAGGAAGUGCAAAAGGUGCGCCAAGGGCGUUCGUUUGCGCGUGCGAGUGGUACCGAGGACGCCGUUCGUGUGUAUGCAGAGGCCGAGACACGGGCCGAAGCCGACGACUUGGCGAGAAAAGUACACGAUCUUGUCAAGGCGGCUGGUGGCGCCUAG